UCAAAUUUCGCAGCAAAUUGAAAAAGAAAAGAAUGGAGAAGAAGACGAAGCGACGAGGCGAAUUAGGAAUGAAUAGUUUGCUCGAGUUUCAUCGAUCAAGAGACGAAGCAAAGUCCAAGGACAUUCAAGCCAUCGAAAAGCCCGGAUUUAUAGUUGAUCACAUUGAAGAUUAUGGGAUUGAAGUUGAAGACGAGUCCAAUGAUGAUGAUGACCUGUUUGAUUCUGUUUGUGCUUUUUGUGAUAAUGGUGGCGAGCUUUUGUGCUGCGAAGGGAGAUGCCUAAGGUCCUUUCAUGCAACUAAAAGGCAUGGUAAGGAUACUAGGUGUGAAUCUCUUGGCUUUACCCAGGAUGAAGUAGAUGCGAUGCCAAUUUUCUUCUGCAAGAACUGUGAAUAUAAACAGCAUCAGUGCUUUGCUUGCGGGAAGCUAGGAUCCUCUGAUAAAUCUUCAGUUGCUGAGGUCUUCCGCUGUGUUUCUGCAACUUGUGGUCAAUUUUACCAUCCACACUGUAUUGCACAACUCAUUUAUCAAGACAACAGAGUUACUGCUGAAGAGCUUGAGAAAAAAAUUUCUAUGGGGGAAUCUUUUACGUGUCCAAUUCAUAAAUGCUGCGUUUGUAAACAAGGAGAGAAUAAGAAAGAUCCCGAGUUGUGGUUUGCUGUGUGUAGGCGUUGUCCAAAAUCCUACCACAGGAAAUGCUUACCAAGUGAGAUUGUAAUUGAAAAAAUUGAGAAAACAGAGGAAGAGGAAGAAGAGGAAGAGGAAGAAGAGGAAGAAGAAGAAGUGGAAAACGAAGAAGAUGAAGACAUAGAGGGUGUAGAUGUAAUAACAAGAGGUUGGGAUGGUCUAUUACCUAACCGUGUACUAAUAUACUGCCUGAAACAUGAGAUAGUUAAAAGAAUUAAAACUCCAAUAAGGGACCACUUAAAAUUCCCUGAUGUUAACGAAAAGAAGACUGGUCUUGAAGAGAAAAAGAAAAAGAGGGCAGCAGAGUCCGUUUUAGAUAGAGAGAAAUCUGUUACAAAGAAGAGAAACCUUCCAUCUGAAGAAUUCUAUAGGGGUAAAACUGCUCAUACAAUUUCUAAACAGAAGCUGAAGUCACCUUGUGCUGUAAAAGUGGGCGCCAGCAGAACUACUGAAAAAGUACCUUUUGGGUUCGAUAUAUCAAGAAGGGUGAAAGUAAAUAGUUCAUUGAAAAAGGAAAUUAAGACUUCCGUGGCUGAGGAAAGGAAGUCCUCAUUCGGUGAUAUGCUAUUUGGGGUGAAGGGGUCUGAGCAAGUGAAGUCAGGGAAGCAGGGUAAACCUGAUGGUGAGCGUAACUCGGCAGUAGUUAAUCUUGCCUCUAAAAAGUUGAGCAGCGCACCACCUUCUUUAGAUGUAGCUACAAAGAGAAGAUUAUUGGCUCUAAUGAAAGAUGCUGUGUCUUCAAUAACUUUGGAAGAGGUUAAAAGAAAGCAUAAAGUUCCUUCGACUUAUGCAUUGUCGUCCAGAAAUGCUGUGGAGAGGAACAUUACACUUGGAAAGGUGGAAGGCUCACUUGAGGCUGUUCGAACGGCGUUACGGAAACUAGAGGAAGGAUGCAGUACUGAAGAUUUAGAGGCUGUGUGUGCACCUGCGAUGAUUAACCAGAUUUAUAAGUGGAAGAACAAACUGAGAGUCUAUCUUGCACCUUUUUUGCAUGGAAUGCGCUACACCUCCUUUGGUCGCCAUUUUACGAAGGUGGAAAAAUUAGAAGAGAUUGCUGAUAGGCUCCAUUGGUACGUAAAGAAUGGAGAUACGAUUGUGGACUUCUGUUGUGGUGCUAAUGAUUUCAGCAUCAUAAUGAAGAAAAAGCUUGAAGAGACGGGGAAGAAGUGCUUUUACAAAAACUACGACUUCAUUCAACCAAAGAACGAUUUCAAUUUUGAGAAGAGAGAUUGGAUGACUGUUCAACCAGAGGAGUUACGGACAGGGUCACGAUUGAUCAUGGGGUUGAACCCUCCUUUCGGAGUUAAAGCAGCUUUGGCGAACAAGUUUAUCGACAAGGCUCUCGAGUUCAAUCCAAGGAUUCUUAUUCUAAUUGUUCCACCAGAAACUCAAAGGUUAAACGAAAAGAAUUCGCAUUAUAAUCUAAUUUGGGAGGAUGAGCAGUUUCUGUCAGGAAAGUCAUUCUAUCUCCCUGGAUCCGUUGAUCAGAAUGACAAACAAAUGGAGCAGUGGAAUGUGAGGCCACCUCCACUCUAUCUUUGGAGCCGUCCUGAUUGGUCUGCUGAGAACAAGGCUAUAGCUCGAGAGCAUGGGCACAUCUCUGCAUCACCACCAGGGUUUCAUGAAAACAUUGCCAAAGCAACAUCUCUGCACCACUUCCCUAACUCUAGGCGAUUUCAUCACAACAUUCCCAAAUUCACAAACAAUUUCUAAACCUUUCAGCUGGGUUCUGUUUCCCAACCAAUGGCUCAUGAAGGUUGUGCAAAUCUUUUUUAUUGGUCAACUGUUGAGUCAUGUAAGGAUCAAGUAGCCUUAUACCAAUUACAAAAUUAAGAAAUUGAAUUUGCAUUUUUAGUGUGGAAAAUAAAUAAAAAUUAUAGAGAAGUUCCUCAAAGGACCUUAUA